AUGGCAGCGGGAGAAGAUACGUCGGGACACAAAUUCUCAUUUAGUUUACUUUCUGGUAAAACUUUUUCAUUUAUACAAGACAAAAACACUUCAGAACUCUUCAUGAAAUGGUCUAUGUUAGGCAGGAUCACUGCACAAGCCUUUAAUUUUGAUCAGCCAUUCCAGCCUUACAAACAACACGAGUUUGCAUUUGAUUUCUUCAAUGAUCCCUGUGUGAUGUCUAAUUUGAAAAUGAUAGGAGGUCCUGGUUCAUGGAAACCUUUGGAAAGGGAGGUGACUAAAGUGAAUGUGGAAUUGGUUCCAUGCACAAAGCUUUCCAUGGAUCUCUUCGACCCCCUCUAUUCCCACGGGAUAGUGCAUCCCUCUGGCCAUAUUGCCAAAUGCUUCCAUGAGUACUAUGCAGACUUUGAUGAACUGAGGAAGAUGCUGCUAAUUGAGGACUCAGAAAACUAUGAAAUAAUCAGUCUUGAAGAUCGGGAGGAGUUUCUGUUUAGACUGCUCAAGCAUAUCUGCUUAGGUGGCGAGCUUUGCCAAUAUGAGGAUACUGUCGGUCCCUACAUAGACACCACAAGAUUGAUUUACAAGGACAUGGUCAGUGUUAACAAAGACCCAGAAACAAAAGAAAUCAGAGUUGUCUCCACAGUUCUAAAAGUCUCUGCCUAUGAUCACUCUGGCUUGUGCUACCCAUCAGACAGGGAGGAGGAGCAGACGUUUGCCUACUUAGUCGUUGACCCCUUCAGACGGCAUGUCUACGUCCUCUACCAUUCCUAUGGAGUAGGGAUAAGCGCAGCACAUGAGGAAUGUGCCUUACGUUGA